UCUUUAUCAGUGAGUCCCAGCUGGCGGUAACACACGCACUCUGAAUUUCAGAGCAACUGUAAGAAACACAGUCCUCUCCCGAAGACAGGCAGCCCUGAAGUGUUUGUUUGCCAUGAAGGGGCUCCUGCUCCUGGGUCUCCUCCUCUUGUUUGGAGGUCAGAGGUCAUCAGCUUGUCCCCACCUUUGCCUCUGUCGCGGCACUCGGGUGGAUUGCAGCGGCAGGUCUCUCACCUCCUCCUCGCUGCCGUCCAGCUUCCCCUCCGGGACCACCGAGCUCCAUCUCCACAAUAACCAGCUCGCCAGCCUGCCUAAUGGUCUCCUGGAAGAUCUGACCUCCCUCCGCUCUGUCUCCCUUCAUGGUAACCCCUGGUUGUGUGACUGUGGCAUCCUCUACCUGCGCGCCUGGCUGCUGCGUCAGCCCGCCUCUCUCAGCUCACACCUUGGUGUCAACUGCAGCUCCCCUCCCAGCCUGAGAGGGAGGCUGGUGGUGUAUUUAACGGAGCAGGAGGUGCUGGACUCCUGCCACUACUGGUACUGUGACCUGGCUCUGGCCUCGCAGGUGUGUCUGUUUGUGUUUGUGGUGGUGCAGGCGUCGCUUCUGGUGGUUCUACUCAUAUUCCUGAAGAAGUUCCAGAGGCUGUCCAAAGAGGCGAGGAGAACCACAGAGGAGAGCUACACAGACGGCGAGGGUUUGAGGGAGAACGAGUACUCGCAUUUAAAGUGAUCGUUUAAGACAAGGGGGGAAAAGAGAUCAUAAUCCUUUGCACACUGGAUAGAAAAUGUCUCUGACAGGCUUUUGUGAUUCAAACUAUAAUUAUAAAGAUUUUUAUGCACAAGAAAAACACGAAUAGAUUAGUAGAGGAACCCUUUUUUAAGAUACAGGUGCUUCAAUGGGCAUGAGUGGAAGAGUUUGAAGUAUGAAAAUAAUUUGAAUCAUGUGUGUCCUGAUUCCAACUAAACACCAAGUUGUUCUGCCAGCUUAUGAUGGCCCAACAACUCACUAAUGUUGUUCAAGUACAUACCACCAUAUACCAUGGUUACAAUACAAUAUUGUCAAUAUUUGAACAGGAUCCCUAAAUUAUGUUAUUUAACAAUUGUUCAGAUGUUUUGGUUGAAAAGUAGCCUUGCCAGAACUAUGUUAAUAUCUACAAACACAUCACUUGUAUCUCUGUUCUGUAGUUUCUCAUCAGUCAAAUGUUGAGAGUCAUCACACUUGCGAUAAACUCUUUUAUUGACCCUUUCUGAUCCAAAACAAAUGCGGUUAAAAUACCACAUUUUAAUUGAUUUUUUUUAAAGGAUUCAUGUGGAGGAAAAACUGGUAUAUAAAAAAGAAUGUGUGUUUGUAAAAGCAUGUAUAGCACGUUGAGAUUUGUUAUUUGAGGUCUUAAGCAAUUAGAAUAUUCUGAAGAUUGAAUGGUUAUGUCUGAAGUACCUCAUGAAUUGCUGAUGAGGUGUUUGUGUGUGCUGAUAUCUGGCAAUUGCAUAUGUUUAUCAGAUCGCAUUGUACUUAUUUGCCAUUUUCUAUUAUGAUAUUGUGCAGUUUGCUGAUUGUGCCAUGUUUAUUGUGUGGUUGUUUUUCUUGAUUUUGUCCAAUAAACUCAACAAAAAAAAACAAACAAAAAAAAAGGUCUAAAUUGAAUGUUCCCACAUGGUAUGGCAAUGUUGUAUAUUUUUUCCCCUAUAUUUUUAAAAAGGAAAUUCAUGCAUUUUAGAUGAAACUGAAAAAUAAACGUAAUGGAAAAUACA